AUCUGUCUACAGCGCAAGAUCAAGGUUGUCACAGAACAACACAACAUCAACAAGCCCGCGGCACAGGAGGGCUAUCCUAUGAAGGAGUGGACAGUCGAGCUCUACAUUCUCGACCAAGAUGGCAAGGAGAGACCUGCCAGGUGCUUCACCAAGGUGACCUACAACCUCCACCCUUCGUUCGCGAACCCCAUUCAGACUUUCAACGACCCCCCUUUCAAAUGCACCAACGAGGGCUGGGGUGAGUUCGAGAUGAUCAUCGACAUGUACACCACCGAGAAGGGCGGCAAAAUCUCGAUCGCGCACGACCUGAAUUUCCAGCAAUCAGAGUACGAGAACAUCCACACCGUCACCUUCCGCAACCCAUCCCAGGCGCUCCAGCAGCUUCUCAGAGAGACGGGCCCCUUGCCCUCGGACGAGGAGCGCAAGCAGAAGAAGGCGGUCGACGGCGGUUCCAAGAAGAAGAGGCCCUACGACAUCGAGCGCAUGGCGGAUGGUUUGACGAAGCUGGGCGAGGAUGACCUCCUUCAGGUUAUUCAGAUGAUCCACGACCACAAGGAUGAUAAUACGUACAUCCAGAACAACCUCGAUGCCGGCGAGUUCUCGGUGGAUCUCUACACUCUUCCUGACAACCUCAUGAAGAUGCUCUGGGAGUUCUUGGUAAGUUGUCCCCCCUCAUACCAAAUCCUUUUGGUGAUCUGUCGCUGA